AUGUCAUGUUCAACCUUGUCAAAUGCCUUAUUGCAUCCGAGUAGUGUGUCUCAUGAUGUCUCCAGAACCAGAUAUUACUUGACUACCAAUGAACUAUGGUUUAAUCAAACCCUAGAUCAUUACUCUCAUUAUGAUCACCGCAAAUUCAGACAACGUUACUAUGAAUUUAUGGAUUAUUUUCGAGCUCCAGAUGGACCUAUUUUUAUGAUAAUCUGCGGUGAAGGUCCUUGUAGUGGCAUAGUUAAUGAUUAUAUAAAUGUACUAGCAAAGAGGUUUGAAGCUGGUGUGGUUUCACUAGAACAUAGGUACUAUGGGAAAAGCUCUCCCUUUAACUCAUUAGCCACAGAGAAUCUGAAAUACCUUUCAUCCAAACAAGCCCUUCUCGAUUUGGCAGCUUUUCGACGAUAUUACCAGGAAUCUUUGAAUGUUAAGCUGAAUAUAAGUAAUGGUGGUAAUGAAAACCCCUGGUUCUUCUUCGGGAUUUCUUAUUCUGGAGCUUUAAGCGCGUGGUUUCGCCUUAAGUUCCCGCAUUUGACGUGUGGGAGCCUUGCUAGUUCUGCGGUUGUUCGAGCAGUCUAUGAAUUCUCUGAAUUUGAUAAGCAGAUAGGUGAGUCAGCUGGUCAAGAAUGCAAAGCUGCACUGCAAGAGACUAAUAAACACUUGGAAUUAGGACUUAAAGUAGAUAGAAAGGCAGUGAAAUCCCUCUUCAAUGCCACUGAGCUUGAUGUUGAUGCUGACUUCUUAUACUUAACCGCAGAUGCAGCAGUUAUGGCGUUCCAAUAUGGCAAUCCAGAUAAACUAUGUGUUCCCCUUGUUGGAGCAAAGAAGAAUGGUAGUGAUUUAGUGGAAACAUAUUCUAAAUAUGUUAGAGAGUAUUGCAUGAGACUUUGGGGAUUACGUGUUCGAGCAUAUAACCGAAAACAUCUAAGAAACACUGUAGUUACCGCAGACAGUGCAUAUCGGUUAUGGUGGUUUCAAUCUUGCACCGAACUAGGAUAUUUUCAGGUUGCACCUAGAAAUGAUAGCGUUCGAUCUCAACAAAUCAAUACAGAGUUCCAUUUGGAUUUAUGCAAGAGCAUAUUUGGGAAAGGUGUUUACCCCAAAAUUGAUGCAACAAACUUUUACUAUGGAGGUGAUAGACUCAAUGCAACCAAAAUAAUAUUCACAAAUGGGUCACAAGAUCCAUGGCGACAUGCUUCCAAACAGAACUCAUCUCAUGAAUUGCCUUCUUACAUGAUGAAAUGUCAUAAUUGUGGCCAUGGAACUGAUAUAAAAGGAUGCCCUCAAUCUCCAAUGGUCAUUGAAGGUAAGUCAAAUAGUUGCAGCUUAGUAGAUGAUGUAAACAAAGUAAGACAACAAAUGGUACAACACAUCGACUUGUGGUUGUCUGAGUGUCGCAGAUCGACUAGGACUUCAAUAUAGAGUUGCAUUUUUAGAA